CUCGACGUUGAUAUCGCUGCUAUCUUUGUUCAAGACAACCAACGCAAAUUCUUAAACAUCGCCAAAAACCACGUCUCUGCUAUUUUGGUGCCCCUCCCCAUGUUUUUGCUUUCAAUACUGAGGCGGUCGUCUGAGUACAGGAUUGCACACUUUAGCGCUGUCGGCUCUUCGCGCUUAUACUUUGUAGUGCGCGCGCGCAGACGCUUGCGUGUAAGACACUUUUAUUCAUCCCCCACAUGCUGCGACGUUGUACGCAUUACCAUCAAAAAUGCUCAGACACCUUCUGUUAAGUGCUGACCAGUGUGAAACUGAAGGAGCCCUCUACCCCAUAUUCGAUAACACUCUGAUGCCCUGGCGGUUCGCAGGCCGGCGCAGCUCUCGCUAAACGCAGCAGGAUGCUCUCCACUAUGAGGCCCCAAGGGUUUGCGACACUUUGAUGUUGUGAGCUCUGCUUGUACUGUCGUCCAUUGGUUCAGAUUCUGCGACAAAGCUCUGUCGCGAUGGACACUUUCAGCGUAGCCGUAGAGGUGGGCGCAAACAGCAACGCUCACAGCCCGCAGCGUCUCAUUGCCUGCCUCGCCUAACGUUAGGUACUUGAUUGUGUCAUUGUCUCUAGCAUUGUGCUGGAUGUGUUGUGCAAGUCAGGUAGCAAAUGAGCAGCCAGCAAGAAAGUGAACCAACAGUAGCCAGACGCAACGCUUACUAUGGCCCGUUGAUAUAUAGAUCUGCGCAACUCCGGCUUAUACUCUGGGCUUUCUUCCUAGAAUUCUCAUCUUAAAAGUUCAUGAACAUCGAACACCAAGAAAACGCCAAGCAAACGCCACAAUCUUUGCUCGGGUAGCCACCAACCAUCGUCAAGAUGUCGGGUAACAGAAGAAGUACCAUCAUGCCCAUGAAGUCCGAGGACUCCUUCCACGACAAGACCGCCACGCCAUCCAAGUCUUUCGAAUCCUUUGCACUUGGCAUCUCGACGAAUACCAGCUCCAAGGACCUUCUCAACUAUGAAACGAUCGAUGACUCGAUUGGCUUCGCUCCUCAGGAAGAGAGAAAGCUGAUUCGCAAGCUCGAUAAGAAGCUGCUCCCGUUCCUCUCCUUGCUCUACCUUCUUUCAUUUCUUGAUCGUGCCAGUAUCGGAAACGCUAAGCUGGCCGGCAUGGAAGAGGAUCUCGGUAUGGUCAACAAGUUUGACUACAGUGUAAGCUGUGAAAAAAUUUACGGGGCAAAAAAAUCCAGAAAUGCUAACUGUUGAUUAUGAAGACCGCCGUCGCCAUCUUCUUUCCCUUUUACGUCGUAGCUGAAAUCCCCUCCAACAUUGCCAUGAAGCGUUUCCGUCCUUCUAUUUGGAUUCCUUCCAUCAUGGUCGCUUGGGGAACCUGUACCAUCAUUACCGGUGCUGUCAAGAACUUCCCUAGCUUGCUUGUUGUUCGCUGCGCUCUUGGCCUUGCUGAAGGUGGCUUGUUCCCAGGCCUAACUUACUACAUCACGAUGUGGUACAAGCGUCAGGAGUGCGGUCUCCGCAUGUCCAUCUUCUUUGCUUCGGCCACUGCCGCCGGUGCUUUUGGUGGUGUCAUUGCCCGUGGUAUUAUGGAAAUGGACGGAGUUGCCGGCCUCAGUGGCUGGAACUGGAUUUUCAUUCUUGAAGGUAUCCUCACGGUCCUGGUCGCCAUCGUGGCUUACUUUGCGAUGCACGACUACCCCGACACUGCCAAGUUUCUUACUCCUGUGGAGAAGACAGAAGUCCUUCGUCGCUUGAAGCAUGACCGUGGCAUUCUCUCCGAGGCCUUCAAGCUCCAGUUUGUAUUUGAUGCUUUCAAGGACUGGAAGAUCUGGAUGCAAAUGUUCAUCAUUAUUGGCAUCUUCACUCCGUUAUACUCUGUGUCUUCCUUUAUGCCCACCAUCCUGAAGAACCUCGGAUAUGACAACGGAACUGCGCAGCUCAUGUCUGUCCCGCCAUAUGCCGUUGCUUGCGUUUUCGCAGUUCUUGGUGGUUAUUUCGCCGAUGCCACUCUGCAGCGCGGCGUCUUUAUUGUUGGUUUCAACAUUCUUGCUGGUAUUGGUUUCAUCCUUCUCGCCACUGUCCAGAACGAUCAAGUCAAGUACUUUUCCUGCUUCCUUGUUGUUGCUGGUGUAUACUCCAACAUCCCUCAGGCUGUUGCGUGGAACGGCAACAAUGUCGGUGGUUCUCUGAAGCGUGCUGUCGGUAUCGCCAUGCAGAUCGGUAUGGGUAACCUUGGUGGUGCGGUUUCUGGUUUUGUUUUCCGCAUUGACGAAGCCCCCGGCUACCUGUCUGGUCAUCUCAUUCUGCUUGGCUUUGUCACCAUGUCUGCUGUCCUCAGUGCCAUCCUCACGUUCUAUUUUCGCCGCGAAAACAAGCGCCGUGACCGCGAAUACAAGAGACCUGAAGAUUACACCAUGGAGGAGAAGCUCCGCGAGACUGACAAGGGUGAUAACGCUACCUUUUUCCGUUACAUCUACUAAAUUGCUGGCACUAUCAGGUGUAGGCCAUUUUCAUUCGUACAUGCUGAGCAUGUCCCACCUUUUGUAUUGAUAUUUUGUAAUGAUUGACGGUCGAUGAAUUUCGUCCUCUAUGGACUAGCGCUAAUAGAAACUUUUGCUUGUUUUGUCAAUUCGUGUCUAUCCAGUUCCAGACUCGAUGUGAUGUCCGUAGCAAAGUAGAAGAGGGUAUGAGUUGUAGAGGACCAAAUUGUCCGUGUCGUUGCUUUUCAUUUAACGUGUGUAUCUAUCGAAUUCUAUACAAAAAAGGGUUGCGCGGCAUAGUUUACAGGAUGCGGGCGACGAGAGCGGCAGCAGCAACAGCCCAAGCAGCGGUGUCCUUUUGGCCGUGGAUAGAGAAGCCAGCAGACUUGCCGUCAGUGGCACUAGGCUUGGCGGAGGAGGAGGUGGGAGAGGCGGAUGCCUUGCCAGAGGAGGUAGGCUUCUCAGUUGCGCUGGCUCUCUCGCUGGAGGUCUUGUCGGUGGGCUUUGCGGAGCUGGAGGCGGAGCUGGAAGGCUUGUCGCCGCCGGAGACUGCAAUUGAUUUGUUAGCUUGUAACUGGAGGCUGUUUAGGACUUGACUCACCCUUGCAGGCAACGAAGCCGUUCUGGUUGCUGGCGCCGGUGUGAGUGAUGAGGCCGGCAACAGCGCACUUGUCGUUGAUGAUGACGCGGUCAGGGCCGGGGCCAGAGUCUGCAGGAGUAGGGUUAAUAUUGAAUUAGGAGUGGUUGCCGCGC